AAGCAAAUUAAAAAAUGGCGAAGCAAUGGUUUGUCGUUGGUAUAUCUGGUGCAACCUGUAGUGGAAAAAGUACAUUGGCUAAUAAGAUCCAUGAUUAUUUUCCAACAUCCGUUUUGGUAUGUCAAGACAAUUAUUUUUUGCCACCAGACAAUCCACAUCAUGUUAAGAUACAGGAAUUGAAUCACCUAAAUUGGGAAUUAUCAACAAGUUUGGAUAUGCAAAAAAUGUAUUCAGAUGUUAUAAGGAUACUUCAGUCUCCCGAAAAAAAUCCAACCGAUUCAAAGACGUUAUUGAUAUUGGAUGGUUUCUUGCUCUUCGAACAUAAGGCCAUCACAGAUUUAUGUGACUGUAAAUACUUUUUAACGUUGACAAAGGAACAAUGUUGGAAACGAAGAAAAAAUCGUAUAUAUGAGCCGCCUGAUGUACCGGGAUAUUUUGACAAAAUAGUAUGGCCCGAAUUUGUAAAGUACAAAAAUGAAGUUAUACAAAACAAUGAGCUGUAUGAAACUGUAACAUUUAUCGAUGGAUCGAAGGAUAUGGAAGAAAUUUGUGAAAUGGUUCUCAAGAAAAUUGGUCAAUUAUUAUCUUAAAAAUGUAACUCAGUUUAACUCUUCUUGUGAUUAAAUUUAAAUUAUACAAGUAU